UUUUGGUAGACACAAUGACAAUUCCAAACAAGGUUUGGGGUUAUAUUUGUGUCAAAAUUGAAGUACAAUUCUAUUUUACAAACCAAUUUUUGAGUGGAUGGGGUUGUUUUAUUUCCUUUUACAACAGUUAGGAUCCAAUCAAUUUUCAACCAACAUUCAACUUUGGUCUAUAAUUACUCAAACCGAUCAAAUCUCCCCCCCUUGUAUUCCUUGAUGCUGAUUUUGAUUCUGAUUUGGUUUCAGAUUCUGUCCAUAUUUUCCUUCAAAUCCCAGAAGAAGGAAAUGCAAUUCUCAACAUUUCAACCUUCUUUGCAAUCUUUCUUCACCUCCCCUCUCCUCUUCCCAUACCCAUUCAUCCCUGAAAACUACGUUCGAUGGGAUCGUUGGGACGAAACCCCGGAAUCCCACAUCUACUCCGCCGAUAUCCCUGGUGUAAGAAAAGAAGAUAUACGUGUGGAAAUCGAGGACUCAAAGUACCUCAUCAUUCGAACGGAGUCAGCAGAUGAUAUGAUGAUAAUGGCCGGACGUCGGAGUUUCUUGAAGAAAUUCAGGCUCCCGGAAACAAUCGACGUGAAUGGGAUUUCUGCUGGCUAUGAGAAUGGGGUGUUGACGAUUACUGUUCCGAGAUCAUUUGUUCGGAGAGAAUUUUAUAUUGAACCUGGUGAUCUCCAUGAACAGGUGGAAGUUCUUGCGAGGGCUGCGUAAAUCCUGAAUUCAUAUGUGUGGAAAUGUAUUGGAUGUGAACUGUAUUGAGCAUCGUUUUUGGAUUCAGGAGUUUUAGGUGGUGUUCUUGCAAAUAGGUCAGGUUUUCAAGAUUUUGUUGAUGAUUAUACAAAAAUCAUGUUUCUAUGCUCAAGGGUUUUUGAUGGGUCGGAUAAGUUGAUACAUAUAUAGGAACAAAUUUUAAAGAAUAAAACAUAAGACAAUUCAAGAUUUAAAUCUAUGUUUACAUAAUUAUUUUAUACUAUAAAUUUGCUCAUACCCCAACAAAAA